AUGGCUAACGCUGCAAGUCAUAUCACCAGAGGCGCCCUGAAAUCCAUCUUCAGCGACGCAGAGAAGGCGGGCAGAGAGCUUCCGGUCAUCGUUCUGCAGUGUCUACAGCUCAAGCCUAUGAUACAGCAACAGGGUGGUGGUGGUGAACGUUAUCGUCUAAUUCUCAGCGAUACCAUCAACUUCUGCCAGUGCAUGCUUGCUACCCAGACGAAUCAUGUCGUUCACGAUGGCAAACUUGUCAAGGGCUCCAUCGUGCGCGUCAAGUCCUACAACCCCACCAGGGUCAAGGACAAGGAUGUUCUGAUCAUCCUCGACCUUGAGGUCAUCGAGUCCCUCGGCACGCCCGACAAGCUGGGCGACCCCGUCUCCUUCGGGUCCAAGGCCGGAGAACCGGCCGACAACACGAUCGCUGGCACUGGCUUCUACGGGACAAAACAGGAAGAUACUAAACCCGCCCCGGCGCCCAGGAGGGAGAUGCAGGCGACGAGAGGGGGCGGAUCUCACAAUAGUAACAACGUCAUCUACCCCAUCGAGGCCCUGUCACCGUAUGCACACAAGUGGACGAUCAAGGCUCGUGUGAGCGCAAAGUCAGACAUCAAGACAUGGCACAAGAACACGGGCGAAGGCAAGCUCUUCAGUGUGAACCUGCUAGAUGAGAGUGGCGAGAUCAAGGCCACUGCUUUCAACGACCAGGUGGAUCAGUUCCACGACCUCCUGCAGGAGGGCCAGGUCUACUACAUCUCCAACCCUUGCUCGAUUCGGCUCGCCAAGAAGCAGUUUUCGAAUCUUCCCAACGACUAUGAGCUUACCUUUGAGCGCGACACCGUCAUCGAGAAGGCUGAGGACCAGUCCAACGUCCCACAGGUCCGCUUCAACUUCUGUGGCAUCCAGGCUUUGAACGACGUGGAGAAGGAUACCACGGUCGACGUGAUCGGUGUGUUGAAGGAGGCGCAGGAAGUCAGCCAGAUUACGUCCAAGACUACUCAAAAGCCAUACGACAAGCGGGAACUCACUAUCGUCGAUGACAGCGGCUACUCUGUGAGGGUGACGAUCUGGGGCAAGACAGCCACUAACUUUGACGCCAGAACCGAGUCCGUCAUCGCUUUCAAGGGUGUGCGCGUGUCCGACUUUGGUGGUCGGUCUCUGUCGCUUCUUUCCUCGGGGACCAUGGCUGUCGACCCGGAUAUUCCAGAGUGCCACAAGCUGAAGGGAUGGUAUGAUGCUUCCGGCCGGAACGACAACUUCGCCACGCACAACAUGUCCUCUAUGGGCAACGCGGCCGGGCGCAAGGACGAGGAUAAGAACAUCUUCCAAGUGAAGGACCAGAACCUGGGCAUGGAGGACACUGCCUACUUCACACUCAAGGCUACUGUCGUGUAUAUCAAGCAGGAGAACUUUGCCUACGCUGCGUGCCUCACGCAGGGCUGCAACAAGAAGGUAGACAACUCGAGCGGCGAAGGCUGGCGGUGCGAGAAGUGCAACGUCACCCAUGAUCGACCCGAGUACCGCUAUAUCAUGUCGGUGAAUGUGAACGACCACACUGGUCAGUUGUGGUUGAGCUGCUUCGAUGACGUGGGCAGGGUCAUCAUGGGCAGGUCUGCAGACGAACUGAUGGCGCUCAGAGAUGAGGACGAGACGCAGUUCGCGGCCGAGUUUGAGGCAGCCAACUGCAAAAAGUUGAGCUUUAGAUGUAGGGCUAAGAUGGAUACCUUCCAGGACACCCCUCGCGUCCGAUACCAGGUCAUGAGUGCAGGGCCGCUCGACUAUGUUGCCGAGGCCAAGAAGCUGACCGAGAUGAUCAAGCAGUAUGAAAUGAUCUGAGGGCGGGAAGGGGUAUUCGCAUCAACCGGCUCGUAACGAAGUACGAGACACGGCUUGCUUGUUUUGAUUUUUACAUUGUUAUGAAGGGUCACUGAGAUGCUGUUAGUCUGUUACUGAUAUUCAUCUGCGAGAAGGGAAAAAGGAGAGGCAAAUUUGUAAUUGGUUUGGUACUGCACAUCAUGUUGAGAGCUGAGAUGUCCACGGUAGUAAAAGUGAGAACGAAUGAACCCAUGUUCCGUUUUUUGCCC